AUGUCGCAUUUCGGGAAAUCAGGACCUCCAGACAUCAGAGACACCUACUCCCUCCUCGUCCUUAAUAUUACUUUCCGCACCACCGCGGACGACCUCUUUCCUCUCUUCGACAAGUACGGGAAGGUCGUCGAUGUCUUCAUUCCCCGGGACCGAAGGACUGGUGACUCGAGAGGUUUUGCUUUCGUUCGAUACAAGUAUGCGGACGAGGCACAAAAGGCUGUGGAAAAGCUUGAUGGAAGAGUUGUUGAUGGAAGAGAGAUUAUGGUUCAAUUCGCCAAGUACGGUCCAAAUGCUGAGCGAAUUCAGAAAGGGAGGAUAGUGGAGACAACUUCAAAAGAGGGAGGCAGGUCAAGAAGCCGCAGUCCUCGUCCAAGGUAUAGGGAUGAACACAGGGACAGGGACAGGGACAGGGGAAGGGACAGGGACAGGGACAGGGACAGGGACAGGGAUUACAGGAAGAGAAGCCGCAGUAGAAGCAGGGAUAGAUAUGAUCGUGACAGAUACAGUGGGAGGGAAAGAGAUCAUCGUCGCCGAAGCAUCAGCCACAGUCCUAGUCCUGAUCAUCGCAAACACUCUGGGAGAGGCAGAUAUGAUGAAGAGAGACACAGUCGAAGCCAAUCUUAUGGAAGCGCCUCCCCUGCUCGGCAUAGUCCCAAUUCUAAGAGGGCCCCAUCUCCACAUAAGACUCAUAGGGGUGAAAGUCCUGUUGGACGCAACCCUAAUGAACACUCUCCUGCUCUGAAAAGUGUGUCGCCACAUGGUCGGCGCUCUGUUUCUCCAAGUCCAUCUCCACGUAGAUCCAAUGCUCAUGAAGCAUGAAGCAGCAUACAAUGUGAUAGAUAUUUCUUUCGCUUGAUGGGUUGUGUGUAUCUGCUUCCACAAGGAAGAACGUGUAUUUGCUACUUGUUUAUUAUGAGUGAAAUACUCAGUACAUGAUUUGAUGGUAAUUUAUGCUAAACUGCCAUACCAUGCAGAACACAUUUUUGAAGUUAGACACAACCUAGUGCCUUAUGUUCUCCUCUUUGUGUAUUGUUUACUGAACUUGCAAAUGGAGAUUAUAAUAUGUUUCAGUUAGUGGGUUCGAUUACGCUGAUUGCUAGAGGAUA